CAGAUAGAAAUAUGGCCUUUAUUUUAUGGUUACACAAAUAAUUGAAUAUACACUUAACCAUAUUUUUAACUAGUUAUCCACUACAGUUAGUGCAGUUACGUGUCUAGAAUAUCUGGAAAACCUGAAAACAUAUUGUAACAUAUAAAGCGCGUCUAAAAAAUCAUUGGGUUUUUAUGCUUGUUCGUUAAGAGGAUAUUGGACACUAGCAAAUGGCGGAGUCAUUAAGUUUGCAGAGAGAUAUUAAUAGAGUGUUGGAGUUAUUGGAAAUACUUCAGAGAUGCCCUGAAAUACAACCAUCAAAGUUGGCAGCCCUACAGCGCAUACUGCAGUCAGACUUUUGCGACAUGAUUCGUGAAGUUUAUGAGCAUAUAUAUACAACUGUUGAUAUUAAUGGGUCGGAAGAAGUGAAAGCAAGUGCAACAGCCAAAGCUACUGUCGCAGCUUUUGCUGCAAGUGAAGGACACGCUCAUCCACGUGUCAUAGAACUACCAAAAACUAAUGAAGGUCUAGGUUUCAAUGUUAUGGGUGGUAAAGAACAAAAUUCACCUAUUUACAUAAGUCGAAUUAUUCCUGGUGGUGUUGCAGAUCGUCAUGGUGGUUUAAAACGUGGUGAUCAAUUACUAUCAGUAAAUGGGAUUUCUGUGGAGAGUGAACAUCAUGAAAGAGCUGUUGAACUUUUGAAAUUAGCACAAGGUACUGUGAAACUUGUAGUAAGAUAUACACCACGUAUUCUUGAAGAGAUGGAAGCACGUUUUGACAAGCAAAAAGCUCGACGUCGGCAACUUAGUUAAUACAAAUUUGGAGGUGUGUAUGCAUAAUGCGGUGAUGUAUCACUCACUAGAUUAUUUAGACGAACACUGCAGGUUGAGUUGUCUAAUAACUUUCUUCAUAUAGUUUGUUUUUUCAACUCUGUCUUUCUAUUCUAACUUGUUACAUUCUCAUUAGGAUCUGUAUAUAAUUUGUUGUUUAUAUUAGUUUUUGAUCAUUUUGUUGAUUUUCAAUUUUUCAUUAUACUCUGUUUUAACAUGCUGUAGUCAUUUAGACAAAAUAUUUAAUUCUUACAUAACAAUGAUUUCGAUGACUUUAAAAUAGAAUAUAUGUCAAACUAUAAUUCAGUCAUUAAUCAUUUAUUUAUUUGUGAAAUUACAACUUAAGUUAUUGAAGUAGGCUUGUAAGCAUGAUCACUCGGUUUUUGAUGACUUAUGUUGACUGGUUAUUGCUUCUAAAUGUCUCUUAUUAAAAUAUAUUUAUGGGAAUUUCAUGGAUUAUGCUGAGACAUGUACAUGUAUGAUAUAUGAUCACUUCAGCUGCGAGAAACUAACAAUGGUAGAAAUUCCACUGAAUAUAUGUUUGUAGUCUAACGACUAUUGUCUGUGGAAGUAAGUACUAGAUUUGAGACAAUGGAUGUAAUGAGAUACGAAUGAUCCAAUAAACGUUAAAAUGGGAAUGUACGUAGUUGAGUUAUCGUUCUAGGUAAGGACACGUUAUAUAAGCGAACAAAGAGAGGAAAUUAACAAAAUAAGACUACAUUCGAGGCGAAGGAAAUGAGAUCAAAUGACACCUAACUCUAAAUUUAAAUUAAGGUAGAGAAUAAAUGCAACUACGAAUUCAUCACGUCCGAGCUCCUGGUGGCCUUGGAAAAUGAAAAUGUGCCUUCGGGUCUAAAUGGAUAUUUGAAUUAUUAGUUAUCAAUUCGCAAAUUAGUUAUGGUGUCCAUGUAGAGUGACGGCAUACAACAACCUCUCUCCAUUGUUCCAUUCGAGCAGUGGGGUUAGGCAGGGUUGCCCAAUCUCACCAUUUCUCUUCAACUUUGCCAUCGACGACAUUCUGGUGGAUGUAAGAAAUGGCGGUGUGGAUCUGUUGUCUGGAAAAAGACUUCUCGACCUUGAGUAUGCGGAUGAUAUUGUCUUACUGUGCGAUAACGCCCAAGUCAUGCAAUCCACACUUAGUCAGUUGGCAAUCAGUGUCCGUGGGUAUGGUAUGUGCUUUGCACCUUCGAAGUGCGAAGUACUUCUACAAGUCUGGCAGGAUUCCAAUCCUGUACUCACCCUGGAUAGUGAGCAAAUAGUAGUCGAGAAUGUCGUGUAUCUAGGUAGCUGGUGGUGGCGUGAGUGACGAGAUCAGUUCAUGUAUAGUGAAAGCCAGAGAGGCUUAUGCCAAUCCGGGCCCACUUUGGCGCUUUCGUGAUGUCAGUCUGGUUGUAAAAGGCCGGUUGGUCUAUGCUUGUGAAACCUGGCCUCUCCGAGUUGAGGAUGUUAGACAACCCUCUGCAUUCGAUCCUCUCUGUCUCCGAAGGUUUGUUGCAACUAGUGGCAACACCAUGUUAGUAAUGCAGAGGUUCGGCAUCGUGUGUUCGGGCAGAGACGAUAAUGCAACUGAUGUCACCAUCUUGAAACACCGACUUCAGUGGCUUGGACAUGUUCUACGAAUUUCGUCCCAUAGAAUUCCAUGUCGUGCAUUACUUGCCGACUCGGACUGGUUGGAAGAAGCGGAGAGGUGGUCAGUGUAUAACAUGGUGUCGUGGUAUGAAAGAAAGCUUCAAAGGACUGGC